AUUUGUGUAAUCCUGAAAACAGGGAGCCGGUGUGGUUCGUGCUCUCGCCUGAGUUCUGUGCUGUCGAUUUUAAAGCCUCCUCUGGGGGCAGCAGAGCGGCCGCGGGCUCCGAGGAGCCGAAUAAGCCGUAGAAGAAGAAAUAGGAGCGGAUGUAAACAAAGAGGAGCAGCAGGGCCAAAGGACGGACCUCACACCGUGAUGUCAUGGUGAUGUCAUAGCGAUGUCGUGGGUGAAGCAGCGGUACCGUGACAUCAGCCCUGUGACCCUGCAGUUGGGGGGCGGAGCUGUGAGCUCCAGCCUGUACUGUGCUGAGGUGGAGGGCGUGGGGGCGGGGCUAGUGGAGUCCUUCCUGGUGGAGCUUUAUCGCUGUAAGCUCUGUCAGUUCACUUGUGGCAUCAAAGCCUCCAUUAACAGCCACCUGCUGCUCACGCACCGCCCCAACGCCUAUCUGGACGGGGCAGAGGCGGGGCUCCAGCAGGGAGCGUCACCCUAUCAGCUAAAGCAGAGUGACGAAGAUGAGGACUUCCUGCUCUACAACAUGCUGGACAACCUGAGCCCGGCUACCUGUGACAUCAGCAGUGAGGGCGGGCUGCAGGUGGCCCACACCUGUGAGGUCACCACACUCUUUGAGGAAGAGGAAGAGGAGCAGGAGGAGGACUCCUCCAUCUUCACUCUGAAGGGGAGCACUUUAUCCUCUCUGGCCGACACCCCCGCCUCCCAGGAGGAGUUGGCGCAGUCCGCCCACCUGAUGACCCUUGGGCUGUGUCGGAUCUCUGCAGUCAGAGCUCCUCCUCUUCCUUCUUCCUCACCGUCCACACAGCUCACGCAACCACAUGACAGCAGUGCCAACAACAAAGCGAAGGCUCCGCCCCCCAGCCUGCUGUGUCUGCUCUGCCCAUUAAAACUGCCGUCGCGGCGGCUGCUUGAUAUCCAUGUCAGGUCACACCGUGCCAGCGGCGGUUUCGGCUGCGUGCGCUGCAACUGGAUGGCCGACAGUUGGGAGGAGGUGGAGCAUCACUGGAGGAGCCGCUGUAGCGAGAGGAGGAAAAGGAGGAGGGAGCGGGAAGAGAAGAAGAAAACCGCGGUGGCGGUCUGUCACAGGAAGUUCGAAAACAGCACGCUGAGAAGCGCUCCUGAAAAACCACGGAAACACAAUGGAUGGAGGAGCCAGCUGAUUGGACGUGCAAAGCGUAAGGAGGCGGAGCUUCUUGACAGGCAGGCCAGCAGAGCUCGGGCCGCAUCACGGCCGGUCACCAUGGAGACCACGAGGAAAACCACAAGGAGGACGAACGGAGACGGCGAGCAGCUGACAGCAGAGAGCGGGAAGCAGAUGGGCUUCAGCUGCUCGCUGUGCCACAGCAGGAAGUUCUCCUCUAAACUGACUCUGAGGCGUCACCUGGGCGUUCAUGGGGGAGAGAAACCGUUCACCUGUCCUCACUGCUCCUACAGCAGCCGGCUGAAGGCCUCACUGCUGCAACACCUGAGGACUCACACAGGUGAGAAGCCGUACAGGUGUGCAGAGUGUCCGUAUGCGUCCAUCGAUCGCAGCUCUCUGCUCCGACACUACAGGACUCACAGCCAGGAGAAACCAUACAGGUGUCAGCACUGUGACUACAGCAGCAUCCAGAAGAAGAGUUUGGAUCUCCAUGCUCGCCGCCAUCACACUGGUGAGGCAUUCCCAUGUCAACAGUGCGACUACUCAAGCCCGGACCGCCAGCUGCUGCUGAGACAUGUCCGCAGACACCACACCCCCUCCCAGCAAGCUGCGUUCUGAACAUGCGCUGGUGUGACGGGGCUCGGCACAAAGUUUUAUUUGUGGACUUUUUUAAUGAAAAUAAAAGCUUAGAAAAAA